AUGUCCGAUUAUUAUAUAGAUGAAGACAAUGCUUAUUCUUCAGUAUAUGGAGACUUAUUUAGGAAUGAUGAACCAUCUAUAAAUUAUGAAUUGCCUACGAAUGAUGAAUCACCUACGAAUAAUGAAUCGCCUAUGAAUGAUGAAUCGUCUAUGAAUGAUGAAUCUAUUGCAUGGGACUAUUUUAAGACUGAAAAGAUAAAAGAAGGUUUUUUUGAUGUCUGUCAAUUAUGUAAAGAAAAGAACAUUACAAUCAAAUAUGUACAUAACUCUUCAACUGGAAACAUGCUUGGCCACCUCUGGUCCAAGCAUCGAAUCAAUAAAGAGCAUCCUGAUAGAAUGAAUAUGGAUG